GCCUAGUAUAUUACUCGGUUAUAAAUUAUUCCCGAGUUGAAAUGGCUUCUCCUCGUCUCGUUGUUUCAGCUUUAACUAAGCGCAGUUUGUCACCACGUGCAGCAAGUAAUUUCUGUAAUACCAGUGGUAGACAUAGUCUAAGUCCUCGAGCCCCGGAUAAGCACCUUCGCGUGCAAAACGUUGGUACAAACAGGGCAUUACCAUUCAGUAUAGACACGCCAAACCGCAAACGAAUAAUAAAUAAUGGUCUUCAAGACGAAGAAAAAUCUGUUUUGGGUACUGGGAGUUUUGGUACAGUCUACAAGGCUUCAUAUAAAGGUGAUCAGGUAGCUGUUAAGAUCAUCAAAAGAAGAAAGCUUAGUGAUGCUGAAGUAGAAGCGGAGAAACGAGCAUCUAUUUUACGACAUCCUAAUAUUGUUCGAGUUCUUGGAAUAGAGCAGGGAUCUGUUUGGUCAAUGAUCACCAUGGAACUUUGUGACACAUCGCUCCAAAAUAAACUAGAGAAAAUGAGAUUAACUAGAAAUGAAAGAAUUGAGAUGUGGAGAGCCAUUGGUUCUGCUCUUAAUUAUUGUCACAUGAUCGGAAUUAUUCAUGCUGAUAUUAAGCCGAAAAAUAUUUUAAUAGCAUCAAAUGGCCAACCUAAAUUAGCUGAUUUUGGAAGCUCAAUCGUUAUUGGCGAAGAGAGCAAAGCUUUGUUAGGAUCACGCGGUACUCCGGGAUAUGUAGCACCAGAAGUGGUCAAAGGAUCUUUUCCUUCAAUUAAAUCGGAUAUUUAUUCAUUAGGAGUUUUAGCAUGGCAACUUUUAGUCAGAAAAGCUCCUUAUGCCGGAUGCCAUCCUCACACAAUUCUUUAUCUGACAGGAAAAGGCGUAAGACCUUUUGAUAACCAGCCAGAUAAAUAUAUUGAUGAUGAGUGUCACAAUGAGUACAAAAGUCUGUAUAAGAAAUUGUGUUCAGUGAACGCAGAUAAUAGACCAAAAUUAGAUAUAAUUAUUGAUCAACUGAAUUUUCUACAAAACAAUUAAUCGAUUAAUUAUAAAUAUUGAACUAUAAUAAUAUUUAAUUUAGCACAUAUAUUAAUAAGAAUAUUUUCAAUUACUUUUGGAGUUUUCGGGUUCUUAUAACAGCAUUAAAAAUGUAUCUUAUGUAUCCGGCAUUUCACCCCCAGGGACCAACUGUAAAACAAAAAAAUUCUAUUAAUUUCUUAA